AUGCUGAGUCGGCGAGACGACCACGAGCACGAGGGCAUGCGCAAGAUUAAGAACGAGUUUAUGGCCAUGUGGGAGGGGUUAACGACCAAUUCGGACGAGCGCGUGAUGGUGCUAGGUGCCACCAACCGACCGUUCGACAUUGACGAUGCUGUGCUGAGGCGAUUGCCCAGGCGAAUCCUGGUUGAUCUACCUGACAUGGAACAGCGCCAACAGAUACUCAAGGUCCUACUGCGUGCGGAAGUAGUGGAAGAAGACUUCGACUACGAAGAGUGCUCCAAGCUGCUGGAUGGUUACACCGGCAGUGAUAUCAAGAAUGUUUGUGUAGCCGCCGCUUAUCAACCAAUCAAAGAGGUCAUCGAUAAAGAAGAGCUCAGCGAUCCUUCCCAUAAUAUGCAUAAUACAAGGACGUGA